GAAGGGAGAGAGAGGGAGAGAGCAAGAGAGAGAUAGAGAAAGAGAGGGAGAGACCAAGAAGAGAAAGUGCUAGCGAACAAGAGAGGAGAGAGAGAGAGAGAGAGAGAGGGAAAGCAAGCGCGUGUGACCAAGCAAUAGAGAGAGAGAGAGGAGCGCGACUGAGCGCGCGGACAGAGUGAGAGCAACAGAGCAAGAGGGAGAGAGAUAGAGAGAGAGCGAGAGAGGGGGGAGAGAGAGAGAGGGAGAGAGAGAGAGAGAGCGAGCGAGAGAGAGAGAGAGAGAGAGAGAGAGAGGAAGGGGGAGCUUCAGUACCUGUAGAGGCUGCAUGGUGUCCAGCUGAUCACUGAUCAGAUUAGAGGAGUCGGUGCUAGUAAGGUUUGUGAGGACGAGUCAGUCAGGUGCUAGUCAGGUUAGUGAGGAGGAGGAGGAGGAGGAGGGAGCGUCACUCAUUGUCAUCCAUUGGUGGUGGGAAUCACCACAACAUCAUCAUCAUCAUCAUCAUCAUCAUCAUCCUCCUGCUGCUCACCACACAGUGUGGUCAGAUGGAUGCGUGCCGGGUGCACGCCUGGGUGUUGCUGCUCCUGCUCUACCCGGGAACCUCUCGGGCUUCCCAGUUCCCUUCCCAGCUCUUGAUCAAAGAAUGGGUUGAUCAAAUGCAGAAAGAGCUGGUCACCCUGGCAGACACGGCUACAGCCGGCGAGAGUCUAACCGAGAUUUUUCUCAGGAACAAGCACCUCUACACUGUGGAGCAGAACGACGCCGAGGAGCUUGUGGCCAGAGCGGCCAGGAACAUUGAACAGCUGCUCCACAAGAGGUCUGCGGCCUUGGAGAAACUGGCUACAGCUGCAGAGAACUUCCAGAUGAAGCAUCAGUGGAAAGACGAGUUUGAGGAUGAUGACAUUGCGUACUACAACUCAAAGGACAACCUGGACGCCAACGAGACGGAGGGGCGGAAAUACCGAAUCCACCUGGACUUCACGGAGGACCCGUCCUUUAAGCGGCUGACGGACCACGGUCACACGGCGGUGCACAUCCCCACCGACAUCUACGACGGCUCCACCAUCGUGCUGAACGAGCUAAACUGGACCGAGGCGCUGGAGGACGUGUUCAAAAGAAACAGAGAAGAUGACCCCACGCUACUCUGGCAGGUGUUCGGCAGCGCGACCGGUCUGGCUCGCUAUUAUCCAGCGUCUCCCUGGAUGGAUGCUCGCAAGACUCCCAGCAAAAUUGACCUCUAUGAUGUACGCAGGAGGCCUUGGUACAUCCAAGGCGCAGCUUCUCCCAAAGACAUGCUGAUUCUGGUGGACGCGAGCGGGAGCGUGUCUGGUUUGACGCUCAAACUGAUCAGGACCUCGGUCAGCGAGAUGCUGGAAACGCUGUCCGACGAUGACUACGUCAAUGUUGUUUACUUCAACACCAGGGUGAAGAAAACGGCGUGUUUCGACCACCUGGUCCAAGCCAACGUGAGGAACAAGAAGCUGCUGAAGGACGCGGUGCAGAACAUCACGGCGAAGGGAAUCACAAACUACACAAAGGGGUUCGAGUUUGCCUUCGAGCAGCUCUCAGCGACCAACGUGAGCAGAGCAAACUGCAACAAGAUAAUUAUGCUGUUUACUGACGGAGGAGAAGAACGAGCCCAGGCCAUACUGGAGAAAUACAACGCAGAUAAAAAAGUGAGGAUCUUCACCUUCUCGGUGGGACAGCACAACUAUGACAAAGGACCCAUUCAGUGGAUGGCAUGUUCCAACAAAGGUUACUUCUACGAGAUCCCGUCUAUCGGAGCCAUCCGGAUUAACACGCAGGAGUACCUGGAUGUCUUGGGAAGACCCAUGGUUCUGGCGGACAAGCAGGCCAAGCAAGUCCAGUGGACUAACGUCUACCUCGAUGCACUGGAACUGGGUCUUGUCAUAACAGGGACACUCCCGGUCUUCAACAAGACCAAGACUAAAGACGACAGGAACGGCGAGCAUCAGAACCAGCUCAUUCUGGGCGUGAUGGGGAUCGACGUGUCUCUCAAUGACAUCAAAAAGCUCACGCCACGUUUCACAAUCGGCCCAAAUGGAUACUACUUUGCCAUUGAUCCAAACGGCUACGUCCUUUUGCACCCCAAUCUCCAGCCAAAGAAUCCGAAAUUCCAGGAGCCUGUGACCCUGGACUUCCUGGAUGCUGAGCUGGAGAACGAUAUCAAAGUGGAGAUCCGGAGAAUGAUGAUCGACGGCGAGACGGGUGAACGCACCAUUCAGACUCUGGUGAAAACUCAGGACGAGAGAUAUAUUGAUCGAGGAAUCAGAACUUACACCUGGGGACCGGUCAAUGGAACAGAUUACAGCCUGGCUCUCGCUCUGCCCAAAUACAGCGAGCACUUCAUUCAAGCCAAACUGGGCGAUGACAUCAAGCAAGCCAUGUCAUCAACUUGGGGCAAAGAAGUGAUGGAAACCAUCCAGCUGGAGAACUUUGAUGCCUUUGGUUACACCUUCAUCGCUCCACGGGAUUACUGCAAAGAGCUGAAGUUGUCACUCAACAACACCCAGUUUCUCCUCGAAUUCAACCAGUACAUUGAUAGGAACACUCCAGAUGCAUGCAACGUGUCCCUUGUGAGUCGACUAAUCUUGGACGCCGGUCUGACUGCUGAGCUGGUUGACGUGUGGAAAGUGCAGAAAGUGAACGGGACCCUGGCCAGGUUUGUGGCCACAGAUGGAGGGAUCACAAGAGUCUUCCCAAGAAGCGCCGGGGAAGAUUGGAUGGAGAACCCCGAGACUUACGAGUCCAGCUUCUACAAAAGAUCCCUGGACAACGAGAUGUACAUUUUCACCGCGCCGUCUUUUAACGUUGCACCGGACGGCCGGGAGAGUUUGUCGGAGUCCGGUAUUCUUGUCAGCAAGGCCGUGGAAGUCACUGUCGAUGAAGUCACGCUUAAGCCAGCAGUUGUCGGCGUGAAACUCAACGUCACGUACUGGAUGAACAGCUUCAUGAACGCCACAAUCAGACAGAACUGCAAAGACGAGAUCUGCGGCUGCCUGAGGAACGACAAGCAUGUGGACUGUGUCAUCCUGGACGACGGUGGGUUUCUCCUCAUGUCCAAUCAGGAGGAUUAUAUUAACCUGAUAGGACAGUUCUUCGGCGAGGUGGAUCCGGUCCUGAUGAUCAACCUGGUCAACACCUCUCUCUACUCCUUCAACAAGACCUACGACUACCAGUCCGUUUGCGACCCGGAGAAAGACAGCAAGGCUGCCGCGGGGCCUCGCUCGUUCUACGUGCCGACCAUAGCCGACAUGCUCAGUGUUGGUUGGUGGGCCUCCAGUGCUGCAUGGUCCAUACUCCAACAGAUCUUCUAUGGCCUCAUAUUCCCCAACCUUCUGGAGGCAGCGGAGUCUGGUGACGAGGACCUCUCAGACGCCAUGUUUAAAGAAAGCUGCAUCACGGAGCAAACGCAGUACUUCUUUGACAACGACGAAAGGUCCUACUCGGGAGUCCUCGACUGUGGAAACUGUUCGAGGAUGUAUCGUGCAGAGAAGCUACCCAACACCAACCUGGUGUUCCUAAUCACCGAUGCCAAGGCAACGUGUUUGUCAUGCGACCCCAGGCCGCUACGACAAGCCGAACAACCCUCCGAGGGUCCGGAUCCAUGUGAGCUGGCCCAGAAUCCAAGGUACCGCAAAGGACCGGAUGUGUGCUUUGACAACAAUGAAAAUGACGAGCCCUUGUGUCCGAUCAGCAGAGGAUCAGCUCUCAGGCACACGUCGCUCUACUUGUUUCUGCUCAACACUUUUAUUGGGAAGACGAUUCUGAUUGCGGUGGAGGGACCUGCCUAAGCCCGAGUCUCUGGGCCAUGCUCGCGCUCCAACUGCUGCUCUUGUGGCUCAGCACACCUUUGCAAAGCUCAUGACGCCUAUAAAUGCCGACGCACGCAGCGCAAAGACACUGAGCAUGAAGAGGAAACCAGGUCAUGAGAGGCGCUCACACAAAAGUGAUCGUGGUUAUCCCACAAGUACAGGCCAUGAGGUGGGAGCAUGCCCGGGGACGGGUAUGCCGAUGAUUUCGAAUGUGGUGUUGUUGUGUUUCCCAACGCGGUAUUGGCGUCUUCGUUUCCCGGUGCCAAAGGUUUCUCAGUUAUUUUUCCGCAUUUAAUUUCUAUGUUAUUAGUCCGCUCAGAUGUUUUCAUGCUAUGUCCCAAAAGCGGUUUUGAGGCCGGUUGGAUGUACUGCCUAAACCCUUUAAUUCAAAGACUGUAUAUUCACUGACAGCGUUGAUUUUUGUCGUCGUUGGUAUUUUUUUCUUGCCUGUUCUAUCCAACAAACGCUCUGAUGAUUGAUCGCUCCAACCGGUGAUGUGAUGAUAAUUACCCCCUCUUUAUGUCGGUGUUACAACAACGUACUGUACCUGCUCUUUUCUACUUAAUAAUCCCAUGCUUACAUCUCAUUGUGAAACAUGUGAAUGUUUUAAUGGGAACUAUAUGCGAUCUCCUAAAGGGGUACACAUUAUUUCCAAAGCAGGACCCCCACCCAGACAUACAAUACUGGCCCACAGCUCGUGACAAACAAUAUUAUAUUGUCAUUUUUCUUGGGCUCAAUCACUUAUAAGUUAUAGUGAAGUUAUGACGAGUAUCCUCUCUUUUUGUUGGUAGUUAGGAUCCCAUGCUUACAUCUCAUUGUGCAACAUGUGAAGGUUUUAAUGGGAACUAUAUGCGAUCUCUGAAAGGGGUACGAAUGAUUUCCAAAGCAGGACCCCCACCCAAACAAACAAUACUCGUACACAGCUCGUGAAAAACAAUAUUUUAUUGUCAUUUUUCGUGGGCUAAAUCACUUAUAGGUUAUAGUGACGUUAUUACGAGUACCCUCUGUUUUUGUUGGUGUUUCAACAAAGUACUGUACCUUCUCUUUUCUACUUAAUAAUCCCAUGCUUACAUCUCAUUAUUUGAAAAAUUUCAACUCAUUCAGAUCAUUCAAGUUGUUUACCAUUUCCAAAAAAAUUCCCAUUUCUCCUGAAAUUUCCCAAUACCAUUUACUACUUCAACAUAUCUUGCCCGAUGUAAACAAUUGCAACACCAGCCAAUUCAGAUUAUUCAGGACCUUAAUUUUCCUCCAAAAAAUCCCGCUUUUGCCAAAAUUCCCAAAUUUUCAGGAAGUUCCUAUUGAAAUGAAUGGCACAUUUUUCCAAGUUGCACAAUUCCCACAUUUUUCAAUCUAUUCGAACCAUUCUAACAUUAACACAUUCCACUCAUCCUGGACAUUCAAACUAACACUUUCCCAAGUUCCAAACCAAAUUUCGGUUUUCCUGGAAAUUCAAACUCUUCAACAUUCUCACCAUUCCAUCAUUUAAACCAUUUCAGCAAUAAAACAAUUUCAACACCAACCAUUUCAACUCAUUCAGACCAUUAAAGUUUUUUUCCAAUUUUCAAAAAAAUUCCCGCUUUUCCCAAAAUGUUCUAACACCAUGUACUACUUCCACAUUUAUUGCCCGAUUUAAACAAUUCCAAAACCAACCAAUCCAGCUCAUUCAGGACAUUCAUUUUCCCCUAGAAAAAUCACGCUUUUCUCAAAAUUCCCAAAUUUCCAGGAAGUUCCCAUUGAAUUUCCUGGAAAUUCAAACUUUUCAACAUUCAAACCAUUCCAACUUCAAAAUCUUAACUCUAUUCAGGAAUCAGGGUUUUUUUCUUGAAAAGUUACAAAAAAUUCCAACAUUUCCAAGAAUUCCAGGUUUUCCGGGACAUUUUUUCCCAUUCCAAAUGAAUUGGCCAUUUUUCAAAUUUCACCAUUUCCACAUUUUUCGACCUAUUCAAACCAUUCUACCGUCAACACAUUCCACCAUUCUGGAAAUUCAAACUAUCAUUUUUCCAAGUUCAGAAAAUUCCAGGAUUUUCUAGAAUUCCUGCUUUUUGUAAACCCUAUUUCCACCCUUUUUUCUGGCAACUACUCCUUCCACAUUUUUCAACGGAUUUCAACCGUUUCACUGUCAAAACAUUCCUCUUGUCUUUUGACUUGGGAAAAAUCCCGCUUGUCCCAAAAUACUAGGAAUGCAGUAAUACCAUUUUUCAAUUCAACAUCUUACUACUUCAACAUUUCUCAACCGAUUUGAACAAUUUUAACACCAACCAUUUCAACUCAUUCAGGCCAUUUUAAAUAGUUUACCAUUUUCAAAAAAAUUCCCGCUUUUCCCGAAAUUCUCUAACUUCAACAUUUAUUGCUCGAUUUAAAUAAUUCCGAAACCAACCAAUCCAGCUCAUUCAGGACAUUCAUUCCCCCCCCCCCAAAAUCCCGUUUUUUCCCAAAAUUCCCAAAUGUCCAGGAAUUUCCAAUUGAAAUGAAUGGGACAUUUUUCCAAGUUGCACAUUUCCCACGUUUCAACCUAUUCAAACCAUUCCAACUUCAACACAUUCCACUCAUCCUGGACAUUCAAUUGAACACUUUCCCAAGUGUCAAACCAAAUUCUGGUUUUCCUGGAAAUUCAAACUCUUCAACAUUCAAACCAUUCCAACUUAAGCAUAUUCGGGAUUCUGGAGAUUUCCCUGGACAAAUUCUAAAAAUUCACACAUUUCCCAGAAUUACAGGUUUUCCGGGACAUUUUUCCCCCAUUCCAAAUGAAUUGACCAUAUUUUAAACUUUCACCAUUUCCUCAAUUUUUCAACCUAUUCAAACCAUUCCAACUUCAACCCAUUCCACCAUUCUGGAAUUUCAAACUUUAAUUUGCCAAGUUCAAAUCAAUUCCAGGAUUUUCCAGAAUUCCUGCUUUUCCAAAGCCCUAUUUCCACCCUUAUUUCUGUCAACUACUCCUUCCACAUUUUUCAAAGCAUUUCACCGUCAAAACAUUCUUCUUAACCAGGAAAAAAAACAAAGUUGUUUUUGAACUGGAAAAAUUCCCAAUUUUACUAAAAUUCCAGGAAUUCCGUAAUACCGUUUCUCAAAUUAACAUGUUACUACUUCAACAUUCCUCGACCGAUUUGAAAAAUUUCAACUGAUUCAGAUCUUUUCAAGUUCUUUAGCAUUUAAAAAAAAAAAUCCCGCUUUUCCCGAAAUUCCCAAAUACCAAUUACUACUUCAACAUUUCUUCCCCGAUUUAAACAAUUCCAACACCAGCCAAUUCAGCUCAUUCAGGACAUUAAUUUUCCCCAAAAAAUCCUCUUAAUCGGGAAAAAAAAUUAGUUUUUUUUUAAAAUGGAAAAAUACCCGGUUUUCCCUAAAUUCCAGAAAUGCCAUAAUACCAUUUCUCAAGUCAACAUGUUACUACUUCAACAUUUCUCAACCGAUUUGAAAAAAUUCAACUCCUUUAGAUCAUUCAAGUUUUUGACUAUUUUUGAAAAAAAUUCCUGCUUUUCCCGAAAUUACCUAAUACCAUUUACUACUUCAACAUUUCUUGCCCGGUUUAAACAAUUCCGACACCAACCAAUUCACCUCAUUCAGGACAUUACAGCUCCUAAUCAUUUUUUUUUUAAAUCCAGUUUCACCCAAAAUUCCCAAAUUUCCAUGAAGUUCCCAUUGAAAUGAAUCUGACAUUUUCCUAAGUUGCACAAUUCCCACAUUUUUCAUCCUAUUCGAACCAAUCCCACAUUAACACAUUCCACUCAUCCUGGACAUUCAAACUAACACUUUCCCAAGUUUCAAACCAACUUCUGGUUUUCCUUGAAAUUUAAACUUUUCAACAUUCAAACUAUUCUUACAUUCAUACUACAUUCUGUCCGCAUUUCAUUUUAACUUCAGCAUUGGAGCAUUAGACGCAAUUCCUUAAAGGCCUAUGGAAAUGAGAUUUUCUUAUUUAAACGGGGAUAGCAGGUCAAUUCUUUGUGUCAUACUUGAUCAUUUUGCGAUUUUGCCAUAUUUUUGCCAAAAGGAUUUAGUACAGAACAUCGACGAUAAAGUUCACAACUUUUGGUGCUGAUGAAAAAGCCUCGCCUUUACCGGAAGUCGCAGACGAUGACGUCACACCGAGAAAACGACAAUUUCCCCAUUAAUUUGAGCGAGGAUGAAAGAUUCGUGGAUGAUGAUAUUGAUAGCGAAGGACUGGAAAAAAAAUAAAAAAAAUAAAAUAAAAACCGACGGCUCCGGGCGGCUUCAGUGUGAGCGUUUCAGAUGUAAUUAGACACAUUUACUAGGAUCAUUCUGGAAGAUCCCUUAUCUGCUUAUUGUUUUAAUAGUGUUUUAGUGAGAUUGUAAAGACAUACCUCGAGGUCGGAUGGCUGCGGUGAACACGCAGUGUCUCAGAGAGAAGCCGAGGAGCCAAGCUCACAGCUGCCUUUUAAACAGCUACUGCAGGUGGACCAAUAAUCCAAUGAUGUCUCCAGUAAAAUAUAUAUCACAAUUUUCCCAUCCAAAAACAUGCUGUGUU